AAAGCCGCGGGAGGAAGAGGGAAGGGCGAUGAGCUCGCAGCCACACUGAACUCAACUCUAGAGCAGACGGGACUCACACAGACUUUCUCUCCGCUGGAACUGAACCUAGACAGGCAACAUGUGUAAGGGAUUAGCAGCUUUGCCGGCAACAUGCUUGAAAAGUGCCAAAGACAUGAAACACUGGAUUGGAAACCGGUUACAAAAGCCAGACAAGGGUGGCCUCAAUACCAAGAACAGGGCACAGACAAUGGCCCCCGAAGCAAAGAGUGCUGACAUGGUCGAGAUCUAUAAGUGGGGUGAAUCUCUGGACAUGCUGAUUAAUGAUGAAGCUGGAUUAAAGACUUUUUCAAGUUUCUUGAAGUCUGAAUUCAGCCAAGAGAACAUCGAGUUCUGGAUGGAAUGUGAGGAGUACAGGAGAAUGACUUCCAAGAAAAAGCUGGCCAACAAAGCAAAGGAGAUCUACUCUGUGUAUGUGGAUGCUGAGUCCCCCAAACAGGUAAAUCUGGACUCUGCUACAAGGGAGAAGACUGGAAAGAACAUGGUGGAUGUCAGCAUGUCCUGCUUUGAGGAGGCCCAGAGGAUGAUCUUCCGGCUGAUGGAGAAAGACUCCUACAGACGCUUCCUCAAAUCAAGGCUGUUCCUGGACCUUGUCCAAGACUCCCACUGCAUCAUGGCAGAGAGCACCAAGCAAAGCAUCUCCAUCUUGCUCACUGCGUAGACACCCUCUGUAUCCCCACGGGCCACCAACCACCAAUGCCGCAGACAUAGGGUCACUACACCGUCAGGCAACUUAAUAAAGGGCAUGCCAAUUAAUGAGACCAGUCUGGAUGAGGAGUUCAUUAAUCGCAGUGACAGGGAAUCCCAUGACAGACAAUGGGAGGAUCUGAACUUUGCAGAGGGGUUGCGGUUUGAGGGAAAUUCCUACACCGUUGCCGGAGUGACCAGUAAUUUUCUGUGAGGGCUGCACCACACAGAUCUGCUAUUGAGAGUGUUUUUACACAACUUCAACUUGCAUUUAAUGAAUGGACAGGGACUGUUCUGUUCCUGUACCUUACCAUUUUGGCCCCAAACAAAGGGCUCAAAGUACUCAGAAUUUCAACCUUCAAAGGAACCAUCUGCACAAAAGAGGUUCAGAAUCUAACUUGCAUAAAACUAAACAAGCAGUUGGAAAUGGAUGUUUAGUUGUAUUUGUCAUGUGUUUGUGUUUCUAAGAGGACAGCUUGGACAGCUUAGUUUACUUUGUAUUGUUCCCUGUGUGCUUACAAGCCACAGCUCAGGUACCAGAUUGUAUAGCAUCAAUGAUGGGUAUAAUCAGUAGCAGUUUUUACAUGUAUACCUUCGAAUGUUUUACAUGGUUACCUUUUACAUGCAUGUUUGGUUGUGCACCUCAAAACAAUACUCAAUUAUCUUUUGCACUCCUCUAUUUCUGUAAUUCUAACAAUGAAACAAUGUAAUUAUGACAUACUGUACUUUCUUUGAAUUAUGUGCACAUGGCACUUUCGUGGUCCACGCCAUUGACAAUGCUUCUUAUUUAAAGUAGGCUUAUCUGUAUAGCAUUUUAGGCAGUAUGACAUGUAUGCUGUAUGUUACAAAUUUAUCAAGGUUUCUUUCUUCACAUGAAAGAGAUUAUGACAGUUGUUCUUUCUCUCUUAACUGUGUUGGCUGUCAGUUGUGAUACUAAACUGAUAUAUUGUAAAUACACUUGGUGACCUUGGUAAGAGACCCUAGAAUGUGGAGCGCAGGUGCUAUGGGCCAUCUCCCAUUAAAAAUAAACUAUCUAGAAACGA